CGAGGUUGAGGACAUCGGUGUUAGCUGAGACAAAAGGCUGCUGUCUGCUUGCACCCACAAAGCAUCAUCAUGAGGGAGAUUGUUCAUAUCCAGGCCGGGCAAUGUGGAAACCAGAUUGGUGCCAAAUUCUGGGAGGUCAUAAGUGAUGAACACGGCAUCGACCCCACCGGAAGUUACCAAGGUGACAGUGACCUGCAGCUGGAGAGGAUAAACGUGUACUACAAUGAAGCAUCGGGUAAUAAGUUUGUCCCCCGGGCCAUCCUGGUGGAUCUGGAGCCAGGCACCAUGGACUCUGUACGCUCCGGGCCCUUCGGCCAGCUCUUCAGACCAGACAACUUUGUCUUUGGUCAGAGUGGAGCUGGUAACAACUGGGCUAAAGGCCACUACACAGAGGGAGCUGAGCUGGUUGACUCUGUCCUGGACGUAGUCAGGAAGGAGUCUGAGAACUGUGACUGCCUCCAGGGCUUCCAGCUCACCCACUCCCUGGGAGGGGGCACAGGCUCUGGCAUGGGCACCCUGCUCAUCAGCAAGAUCCGCGAGGAGUACCCUGACCGCAUCAUGAACACCUUCAGUGUCAUGCCCUCACCCAAGGUGUCCGACACGGUGGUGGAGCCCUACAAUGCCACCCUGUCAGUCCACCAGCUGGUGGAGAACACUGAUGAGACCUUCAGCAUCGACAACGAGGCUCUCUAUGACAUCUGCUUUCGUACCCUCAAACUCACCACACCCACCUACGGAGACCUCAACCACUUGGUGUCAGCCACCAUGAGCGGGGUCACCACCUGCUUGCGCUUCCCCGGUCAACUCAACGCCGACCUCCGCAAACUGGCCGUCAACAUGGUGCCCUUCCCCCGCCUCCACUUCUUCAUGCCUGGCUUUGCCCCUCUGACCAGCAGGGGGAGCCAGCAGUACCGUGCCCUCUCCGUGCCCGAGCUGACCCAGCAGAUGUUUGACGCCAAAAACAUGAUGGCCGCCUGCGACCCUCGCCACGGCCGCUACCUCACCGUUGCCGCCAUCUUCCGCGGGCGCAUGUCCAUGAAGGAGGUGGACGAGCAGAUGUUGAGCGUGCAGAACAAGAACAGCAGCUACUUCGUAGAGUGGAUCCCCAACAACGUGAAGACUGCCGUCUGCGACAUCCCGCCCCGUGGCCUUAAGAUGUCCGCCACCUUUAUUGGCAACAGCACGGCAAUCCAGGAGCUGUUUAGAAGGAUCUCUGAGCAGUUCACUGCCAUGUUCCGCCGUAAGGCCUUCCUUCACUGGUACACCGGAGAGGGUAUGGAUGAGAUGGAGUUCACUGAGGCUGAGAGCAACAUGAAUGAUCUGGUGUCUGAGUACCAGCAAUACCAGGACGCCACUGCUGACGAAGUGGGCGAGUACGAGGAAGACGAGUUGGAGGAUGCGGAUCAGGAUGUCCAGCAGCACCAUGAUGUCUGCCACUGAGGGGUGCUGGGUAGAAGCAGUACAGCAGUCUGUAUGUUAUAUCCACUAGUCACUUUAAAUGAUCAAUAGGUAUGGAAGGAUAGAGGCGCAGAAUGAGUUAUUGUCGCGUCAAGAUACUGUAUAUUGUAGUUGUUUAGCCUAAAGACUACUACUAUUGCAUUUCAUUGUUCUUCAAAUAUGUCUCGAAGACCAUAAGUGAAACAUAACAAUUAUGUGAGUAUUAUAAAUGUCAUGGGUUUUCCAAAUCAUGCUGUGUCAAUGUCAAUAAAAACAACAUCAUUACACUAUUAUUAGAAACCGAGUUUUGUAACAUUUACCUCAGAAUGCAUUUUCAAUCGCAAAAUAAAAUGGUCCUGUCCUAUGAA